AUGGCAACCCAGCUGGAUGAGAAGGGUGUGGUGCGACACCAAGAGAAUAGCGACUCUGAACAGCCCCCCAGUCACCAGGAAAUGGCUGGCUCAGGGUCUGAGGAAGGAUUGCAUGAGUCGAUGGAUGUACCGAUGACCUUUCGUCGGUUCAUGGGAUUCGUGGCCAUGGCUUUCUUGUGGACUGGAAGUCAGAUCCCAGUGUAUUUGUUUGGUGGCAUUCCCCCUUAUAUCUACGGAGACAUUGGCGGAUCUGAUCGAUGGGUGUGGUUUGUCCUUGCCAACUUACUCGGUCUCGCUGGUGUAUGUCCCUUUGUGGGCUCCCUCUCGGAUCUGAUCGGACGACGACCUGUCGCAAUUAUCGGCGCCUCGCUGAUCAUUAUUGGCAUGAUUGUCUGCAGCACAGUAAAUACAAUGAACUAUUUCAUUGCGGGAAUGGCUAUUGCCGGUGCUGGGGCUGGAGUGAACGAACUGACUGCCCUUGCUGCUACUUCCGAGAUGGCCCCGACUCGUCAGAGAGGUGCCUACGUGGCCGCUCUGAUCUUCACCAUUGUGCCAUUCUGUCCUUCAGUCUUGUGGGCUCAGCUUAUCGCAUAUUACAGCCAUUGGCGCUAUGUCGGGGCGUUCUGUGGUGCGUGGAAUGCCUUUGGUCUGUUGGUGACCAUCUUCUUCUACUUCCCUCCGCCUCGAGUCAACUCCGCUGGAAUGAGUCGAAAGGAAAUUAUUGGUCGCAUUGACUUCGUUGGUGGAUUCCUCAGUAUCACUGGUCUGAUCAUCUUCCUGGCCGGCUUGCAAUGGGGUGGAUAUAUGUACCCCUGGAGCUCUGCCCAUGUGCUGGCCCCUUUGAUCAUCGGGUUCUUACUGCUUGUCGCAUUUGGUUUCUGGGAGAUCUAUGGAGCCAAAUAUCCCAUCUUCCCAUCUCGUCUGAAGCAGGAGCCCCGAACGCUGGGGUUGACUCUUGUCAUUACUUUUAUUUCCGGCGCAAACUUCUUCUCCGUGCUCAUGUUCUGGCCCACCGAGUCAUUCAACGUCUACGGUCAUGAUCCUGUGAUGGUUGGAGUUCGCAGUAUUCCAAUUGGUUUCGGCAUCAUGGCUGGAGCGUGUAUUGUGCUCGCUUUGCUGAGUGUCUUCCGGGGACACAAUAAAGAGCUGUUGAUUGUCAGUAGUAUUUUGAUGACUGCAGGAUGCGGUGCUAUGUCGAUUGGUCGAGUUGAUAACAUGUAUCAGCUUUGGGGAAUCCUGGUUCUUGCGGGCCUUGGAAUUGGUGGCAUUGUGGUGCCAGCCUCAAUCAUCACAACCAUCAUUUGCCCCGAUGAUCUUAUUGCCACCAUCUCCGCACUCACCCUCUCUAUCCGCGUGGUAGGCGGUGGCAUCGGCUACACCAUCUACUACAACGUCUUCAUCUCCAAGUUCGUUCCUAAGGCCACAUACUAUAUUGGUGGAGUCAUGAUGAAGGAACUCAACAUUACUGACGUCAAGCUGAUCGGUGAAGUAAUCGAACUGACCGGUGCCUCCUUGUUGGACGAGAUCCGCAAUGUCCCUGGCAUUGCUGGCAAUGAGACUGCCUACCAGAUGGUUGUGGGGGCUGGUCAGCUCGCUUUCUCUGAAGGAUAUAAAUGGGUGUACUAUGUGAGCAUUGCGUUUGGUGGUGUCUCAAUCAUCGCUGCUUGCUUCUUGGGUGAUAUCAAGAAGUACAUGACUGACCAUGUUGCUGUCGUGAUGUGA